AUGGCCCCGGACAGGUCACCAUCCCAAAAGGCCCCUCUUAAUCCCGGGAAACCCAACUCAUCGUCGCCAUCUGGCACAUCCCGUCGAAUGCCCACCCCUGGCCAGACUUCCCGAACGGGGUCGGUAGAGGCGCCCACCCCCCAAAGUGCCGCCACCGGCAACGACCUCACAUCUCAACCCAUGGCCGUCAGCGCGUCUGCUUCAGACGUCACCGCGACGGAACCUCCCAGCGCGUCGACCACCCCAGCGCCGUAUGGGACUCGCUCCAGAGGUCGCAAUGCCGCUCCCCGCCCCAAUUAUGCGGAAGAUCGCGACAUCGACGUCGACCUGGAGAUCGCCCAACCAGUUUCCAAGUCCGCCAAACGGAGUAGCGGUGUUUCCGGCAGCUUCGUCAAUGGCGUCAAAGCCGACAGUGAGGAGCCCGUCUCAUCGGCAACGUCGCGGAAGAGUCUAACGGCGGUCAAUGGUGCCAAUGGCGCGGCUGCUGCCAAGGACUUGAUUCCUGGCACUUCUUCAUUUUCCGCCAAGUUCGAGGAGGGGGCGGCACCGACCUCAGCCAACUCUUCGUCCAGGAAACGGAAACAGCCGGCCAGUUCCACCACCUCUAACGCUGCGAGUGGGAAUGCAGCCAAGAAGAUCUUUACGACGGCCCCAGGACUAGCGUACAACCCGGCCGAAACCAACAUGGUCAGUUUCGAAAGCCGCGGUGCCUAUCUAAAAGAUGGCAAACUCAGAGCCGAUGACGGCACAACCUACGCCGUUAAUGACCACGUCUACCUGAUCUGUGAACCGCCGGGGGAACCGUACUAUCUGGCACGGAUCAUGGAAUUCCUGCCCUCUAAAGAUGCGCCCUCCGGCCCGAUCGAGGCACUGCGGGUGAACUGGUAUUAUCGCCCACGUGACAUCCAGCGCAAGGUCGCCGACACGCGUUUGGUCUUUGCCUCCAUGCACUCCGACACAUGUCCUCUCACAUCCCUACGCGGAAAAUGCCAGAUCCAGCACCUGUCGGAGAUAACCGACAUCGACACGUACCGCAAGACCCGGGAUUGUUUCUGGUACGACAAGAUGUUUGACCGAUACAUCCACCGCUACUACGACGUAAUCCCAACCAGCAAGGUCAUCAACGUCCCGGGCAACGUCAAAAAGGUUUUGGACGAGCGCUGGAAGUUCGUUCUGGUCGAGAUCGGACGACGGAAGGAGCUCACCAGCGCCGUGAAGACCUGCAAGCGCUGUAGCUUGUACGCCGCAAGGUAUACCGAUCCAUACUCUCUAUGA